ACCAAAUAAUAAAUGAAAUCAAUCCUCCUAUUGUGAUCGGAUCAAAUCAUCAUCAUCAUGAUGAUGAUGGUGAUGAAUCAUCUAAUCCUACAAAUGGUACAAUUAGAUCGAAUAUACAACCUAUUGAUCAACGGAUAAUGGCUACAUCAUCAUCAUCAUCAUCAGACACUUUAUCAUAUAAACAAGAGUCAAUGAACAUUAAUCAACCAUUACCAUCAACAUCAUCUUCAUCUAUCUCAAUACCAUAUACAAAUAUGUUUCGAAUGCGUUCCAUUUCCAUAAACGAACAUACAAUGGAUAAUGAUCCAGAUGGUUCAUUAUCACCACCAUCAUCAUCAACAUCAUCACAAUGUUCAUCAUAUUCAUCGAUAAAUUCGGCCACUACAAUGAUAACAAAUAUAAAUCUUUGUGGUUUAAAUUUCACCGUCAAUAAACAGGAUCUAAAUAAAUUAUGGAAUUUUUACAAUGGUCAACAACAACAUAAUUUUAUACCAAAAAUGAAAUGUGCCAAAACAAUACGUUAUCGUAAUCAACAUUAUCCUCAAUAUAAUGCCAAUCAACAUGAAGAAAAAUCAUUACGAAAUGCCGCCAAUUGUGGUAAUGUAGAUAUGAUAAAACAAUUGUUACAACAAUCACAACAUAUCAAUGUUAAUGCAAGUGAUGAACGUAAACGAACUGCCUUACAUUUUGCAUCUGUACGUGGUUAUAAUGAUAUUGCCUGGCUAUUAUUGAUUAAUGGUGCCGAUCCAAAUACACGUGAUGUUGUUGGCAAUACUCCAUUACAUUUGGCUGUUUGUGCAUCUAGAUUAGAUAUGGUCAUUUUAUUAUUGAAAAAUGGUGCCAUUUGUACAUCAUACGAUAAUAAUGGCCGUACACCAAUAAAUCUUGCACAUUCAAAAUUAUUAUAUCUAUCAAAAUCAUUGGAAAAACGUCGAAUUAUUCUAUCGUCGUCUUCAGAGCAAUCAUCAUCGACAGGAGAAUCAUUGGAAAAAUUAAAACUAGAAAUAAUGAAAAUAUCUAUAAUGUUGCAAAUAUAUUUUGAAAAAUGUAAAUCCGAUGCUGAAAAAUGUAUAAAUAUGGAUAUUAUAAAGAAUCGUGUUGAACAAAGUCAAACAUCACAAGAAAUUGAAAAUGAUGUUAAUGAUCUAUUGAAAUGUUUACAGGAUUGGUCAUUGUAAUUUGUUUGUUUUUUUUUAUUUGCAUUUUUUCACCUUUUUUCUAUGUCAUAUUUAUC